CGUAAUAUACGACAUAAAAUCUUUAUGACAUAGAGUCAUCCCGGUCACCCUCUUCUUGAAGGAACCCAUACUUUGUUUUGAUGGGGUAGUGCUAUUUAGCAUAUAAAUGAGGGCAGACUGGACAACACUGGUUCUCAACAGGGAGGGAUUUAUUCUUAUCUUCCUCAACUACGUAUUCUUCUCCCUUAUAGUUCUCAGUUGCCUGUUGUUCCUGCUGUUGUUAGCCCACUCGUCAUCACCUCCCUGGAGUUUGACCACCUCACUGACCAUCCUCGCCUUCACCUUUGUAAUGGUCAACAUGAUACUUGCUGACUACGUCGUUCAAACUAUCCACACAAAGAGGGACUUUAAGAACUUCCUUUAAUGGAUGGUGACAUGAAUAGUAUUGUUUAUGGCGGAACAAGUGUGCAGUGAUCAAAUAAAAAAAACAUUGUUGAGUGUUCAUAUGAAUUAUUGAUCUAAUAGCACUGCACUGGCCAGUAAGUAAAGUUGUAGAUCAUUUUUAUAUUUUUUCUAUGGUGCUUUCUCGUGAAAAUCAAAAUAUUUCAGACUCCUGUACUCACAAGCUAUAUCAUUGUGACAUACACAGCCUUGCUCAAGACUAAAGACUAAUCAAAUAUAGAACAGUUGGCAUACAUUUAAUGAAAGCAAUGUCUUAAGUGCAUUUUGAUUGGAGGUUGAUUGAAAUGUAAGCAAGUAACUGAAUAAUGUCAAGUGGAAAUACAGAUGGAGUGUUAAGACAUGAUGCAGCUGAUCAUGGUGUUCUGGAGAUUAAGACAGAAAUCGACAACCCUGCUGUAACACCAUCCAGUCCUAGCUCUAAAUAUUCAAAAUCUGAGCUUAUCAGGAUUAACUUGGAUCAUUGUCCAUUCCAAGGACUUGCAUUGUCAUUCUGGGACAACAUUCUUGGCCCUCGCACUAGACAUGUAUGGAAUAUAAGUAAUGAAAAGCCUCUUAAGUCAGACUUGCUUUCACUCAUUACAAGUCAGGUUCUCAGCUGUGAGAUUUGCCGAGACCCGUUCAAGAGUGAUAUUGACUUUAAGUUUUAUAACCUUCCUUAUAAGGAUGUGGUUGUUCCUGCUUUUGUGUUCUCAGCAAAGGGAUCAAAUGGGAUAUCUGUUCAUUCCCUGUAUGUCGUCAUUCCAAUAUCGGGGCUCAAGUUUUACCUUAAAAUACAUGAGGUUCUGCAGAGCUGCUUACAGAGGCUGAUCAGGAAAUUACGGGUCAUUCUUGACAAGAACCCAUUUGAGAUGUGUAUGAGUGUGUUCGGCAAGUACCUCUCCGACUGUGUUCAGGUCCUGUCUCGACUAAACAGCUCUUCGCUAGCCAGGAAUGUCUCGCUUUUAGACACGGCCUUCAGCCCUGGUCAUGUCCUGGAGCGUGACUUUUUGGCCCGGUGUGUAGCCUCCCAUCUCAUGACAUUUGGAAGGAGUCUCGUCAUUGGAGAAACUGCGGAGAGGAUCAAUUUGGUUUUAAACACCCUGUCAAUGUUCAACAGUGAGAGUGAGCGGCACUGCUCCCUGCCAUACUGUGUGAAGGACCCGCAGCUUUAUCACCACGACCUCUACUUACAGGGGCUUGUCAAGGAGGACAAGCAUUCGGUGUUGCCUAUGACAGAGAUUACUGCAAGUCGCUACCCAACUACCAUCAUAGAUCUGACGAGCCGUGAGGUGAAACAGACCCAGUCUUACAGUGAACAUGUCCUUCACAGGUUUGAGACCUUGAAGAAUGAGCUGAUAUGUCUGCAGUAUGGCCACUUUGAUGAAUUAGUUGUGUUAGACCAGGACUUGCAUUCCAGCUCUGCGUAUCCUGACACCCUGGUGCAAAUUUUGGUGAAAGAGCUGUUUGAGUUACGUUCUGUGUGCUGGGUGCGGGAAGCGUUUAUCUCCCAGUUUGUACGUAUGCUAAACAAGAGGGCCCAGUGUCUCAUUGCUGCGGUCAAGGCUGAGGGUGAUGAGAGCCAUGGUACAGUUAAACCACAGACGCUAAAGAAGAUACGCCAGGAUUUAAACCUGCACGCAGAGGGCGACUUCUGUAUUGUCUUGGCAACCGCAGAAAAACUGAAACCUGGAAUCUACUGUCUCCUGAAACCACACAGGAGAAACGAGAGAGAGUUCAAUAAAGCAGUGGAGAUUUUGUAGCCAUAAAAUUGUAUUUGUUUCUUGUUUGCUCUGAAUCAUCAUUUUAUAUUUAUUCUGAUUUAUAAUGCUUAAUUCUUCAACAAAUGAUGAUCACCCCUGGUGGGUUUUUACAUUGACCUGCCCAAGUGCAAAUAAGCACUGCUCACUUACUCUUAUUACUCAGACUUCAUGGCUGUUGAACUGCCUAUGUGCUCAUUAUGAACUUCAUAGUUUGGUUCUGAGUUGGAAGAUUAUUUUUUUAAAUUAUUGAAUUAAUGUCAAGCUGAAGGAAGUAGUUACUGUAUGCCAUUUAUGUUUUGCCUACAUGGUUUCAUUUUUAUCUGUUCAUUCUAUUGAUGUUGGUCACACGUAUUGGUUAAUUAUUAUGGAGAGCUGAGUAUAUGCACAUAAAACUAUAGGUGGUCAUGUGCAGACAGUAACUUUCUUAUGGAUGAGGGGAUUUUGAAAUAACAUAGCACAGAUGUUGAGCACAUUAAGGCGACAAGUCAGGUGCAACACACAGGCCCUUAGCUCUGAAAGUGUUGCAUUCAAGUUAUGAUUUUUAGCUCGACUAUUCGAAGAAUAUGGAGAGCUAUACUACUCACCCAAGCGUCGGCGUCACACCUUGGUUAAGGUUUUGCGUGCAAGCACACAUAGGUUAAUAUCUCAGCAACUACUUGAGGUAUUGCAUUGAGACUUUAUACAGUGGUACUCAACCAUCAAACCUACUUAAUUAACCAAGUUAGAUAACUCUAGUUUGCAUUUAAUGCAAAUAAUUGCCCCUUAUUAUUCGACUGAAUAACUCACCGAAUACAUCAUGUAUUGCAUUGAAUCUUUACACACGGCUCCCAACCAUUUAACCUUCUUCUUUAAUCAAGUAAGAUAAUUCUAUCUUUCAUAUUAUAUAAUUUUUGCUCCUUUCUUAUGCAACUUAGAAAUUCUGGUUAGGGUCUUGCAUGUUAGCACACAUAGGAUAAUAUCUCAGCAACUACUUGAUGUAUUGCAUUGAGACUUUAUACAGUGGUAUUCAACCAUCCAACGUAAUUGAAUAACCAAGAUAGAUAACUGUAUUUUGCAAAUAAUGGCCCUUUAUUAUUAGACUUAAAAAUUCUGGUUGAAAUUUUCCAUGUAGCCACAUUUAUGUUAACAUCUCAGCACAUCAUUUAUUGCAUUGAAAUCUAAUCUAACAGUGAUCCAAGCAUGUUUCGCCAAAACUUUUCAAUCCUUACACUUAAAAGUUGCGGAAUAGUCGAGCGCGCUGUCUCUGACAGCUCUUGUUUUUAUUAUGUUCCUACCACUUAGUUCAUAACCCACCCACACAUAUUUAUGGUAGCUCUUCCUGAAAAUAUGCAUGUUCCACUUAUAUGUCUUACUCUUUGGGGCAUUCAUAACUUACAGUGACAGCUCUUUAUAAAACUUUCAUAUUUUUUUUGUUUCUUUGCAUGUUAUAAAAUGGCUGUAGCCGUUGAACCCGCAAUGCCUGCAAAGAAUUUACACAAUGUUAAAGCUUUAGAGAUGUGUUUAUAUACCAGUAUGUGAUAUAAUGUAAGAAGUUGGACAGGUGAUACUGUUGUUGUUUGCAUUUUAAUGCAAAACUAGGACUCAUAUCUGUGUAGUGCAAAUUACAAACUUUUUUUCUUAUUUUAUGAAUUUGUAUAUGUUUGUGAAUAUGCACACAACUGAUCUUAAACUAGUUAACUGUUGUGCUGUUUAUGUUUUCAUUUUGUCUACUUUUCAUGCCCCCGAAGGUGGGCAUAUUAAAAUCGCACCGUCCGUCCGUCCGUCCGGCUCUGUAACUUUCCCUUGUAUGGACAGAUUUUAAAAAAACUUGACACAUGUGUUCUUCAUACCAAGACGACAUGUCGCGUGCAAGACCAAUGUCCCUACCUCAAAGGUCAAGGUCACACUUAGUGUUUAUUCACAAUGGAGUGCUGCAUAUAAGGACAUAGAGUAUAGGUUGUCGUGUCAGGGCUGUUACUUUCCCUUGUAUGGACAGAUUUUAAAAUCACUUGCUACAUGUGUUCCACAUACCAAGACAACGUGUCGUGUGCAAGACCCAUGUCCCUACCUCUAAGGUGAAAGAUACACUGUGUUUAUUCACAAGGGAAUUCUGAAUAUAAGGACAUAACAGUGUAGGUUGUCAAGUAUGGGUGGUAUUUUUUUAUGUUCAGAGGCAAUUUAAAAUAACUUGCCAUAUGUAUUUGACACGUAAAGGCAAGAUCAACUUUUCAUGUACUGACCUUGUUCGUAGGUCACAUUCGGGGGCAUUCGUCACAUACUGUGACAGCUCUUGUUUAACUAGUAAUGUACAGUUAUUGUUAUGGUAUAAACUACAAAAGAGUCAAUGUAUGAAGGUAUCUGAUGUAAUCUCGUCUGGGUAAUACCGCUACAUUUUGGGACUCUCCCAUAUAAGUUUGUAUCACUUGAAAGGGAAUCGCUUACUGAUUAGUAAAAUUAAGUCAUUGCAGGUUGUAUUGUUGUUCUUUUUUCCAUCUGAAUUGGGAUGUGAAAUGAUUUAUUUUGCAAUCCUACCAGGCAACAAAUCUUAUUUGUAAUAUUCUUUCAGUAUAGGUUAACACAUUAUUUCUCUUCUCAUUACAAAGUUUCAGGUGAUACCAUAAUAUGGGGCUACCAGGCAUUCAAAAUUACCAUAUUUUUCCAUUAUAUACUUUUACGGCUUAGUUUGUCUUGUCUGUGAUAAAAUAAACUCUUAUAUUAUA